AAUAUUGGGCUUUAGGUGAGGCUUAACUGGACCUCAUCGUAGCUGAUCAAAGCCCUAAAACCCUCGUCUUCUUCUUCUUCUUCUUCCUCUGCAAUUGCACCUCGUAGAAACCGAAACAAAACAUGGAAACAAUUGCGGCCAUGGAUGUUGAGGAACAACCUUCGCCCACACCCAACAACGUUAAACGCUUCGGUCUUAAAAACUCCAUUCAAACUAAUUUCGGCGAAGACUAUGUUUUCCAAAUCAUCCCAAAGGAUGAUUGGAGUGCAAUGGCGGUUUCACUGUCAACGAAUGCAGUGAAAUUGUAUUCACCGGUGUUGGGUCAAUAUUAUGGAGAGUGCAAGGGUCACUCUGCAACUAUCAAUCAGAUUUUGUUUUCGGGUCAUUCUAAUGAUCCUCAUAUUCUAAGCUCAUGUUCUUCAGAUGGUACUAUCAGAGCUUGGGACACAAGAACCUUUCAGCAGGUUUCUACCAUCAAUGCCGGUCCUUCACAAGAAAUCUUCAGCUUUUCUAUUGGAGGACCUUGUGGAAAUUUAAUUGCUGCUGGUUGUGAUUCACAGGUACUCAUAUGGGAUCGGAGAUAUAACAAGCAAAUGGCAUGCCUGGAAGAUUCUCAUGUGGACGAUGUUACUCAGGUUCAUUUUGUCCCUGGUGAACCAGGCAAGCUCAUUUCGGCUUCAGUAGACGGGUUGAUCUGCAUAUUUGAUACCAGUGGAGAUAUUGAUGAUGAUGAUCAUCUAGAUUUAGUGAUUAAUGUGGGGACUUCAAUUGCAAAGGUGGGAUUUUUUGAAGAAAAUUAUCAGAAACUUUGGUGUUUAACACAUAUUGAAACUCUUGGUAUCUGGGACUGGAAAGAUAGUAGAAAUGAAGUAAACUUCUCAGAUGCACGGACUUUAGCUUCUGAAAGUUGGAAUUUGGAUCAUGUUGACUAUUUUGUUGAUUGUCACUACUCCAAAGAAGCCGAAAAACUAUGGUUGAUUGGCGGCACAAAUGCGGGUACAUUGGGUUACUUUCCUGUAAAUUACAAUGGAAUGGCAACAAUUGGAGCUGCAGAAGCAAUUCUCGAAGGUGGCCAUACAGGUAUUGUUAGAAGUGUUCUACCUAUGUCCAGAGUUCAUAAUGAAAUCGGUAGCAGUAGUAGUCAUAGCUCGGGCAUUUUUGGAUGGACGGGUGGGGAAGAUGGAAGACUAUGUUGUUGGUUGUCUGAUGAUUCCCCUCAAAAAAAUCAAUCUUGGAUUUCAAGUUCAUUGAUUAUGAAACCAGAAAGAACUUGCAAGAAAAAUCGUCAUCAUCCCUACUAAUACUGCUGCCCCUGUGUUAUUAACUACUUAAACAGUUUGAUGCCAAAGGGUCAUUUUUCUGGGGUUAAUUUAGUUAGCUUUUUUGUUUUCACUGAACUUGGGUUAGGAUGUGAUGGAUUUUUAAAAAAGUUGUAUUUUUAUGUAUUACUCCAUGUAAUAUUUGUAACGGGGCGUUUUACAUAAGCCCCCUGUUUAUUCAUCAUGUAACAUAUAUUGAUUCAUAUUAUCCAAGGACAAAAAUCUUCAUCAAUUUCUUCCUA